GCUAAUGCUGAUGCUGAACUGAACUGCCAAACUAGGGAAUUUGUCGGCUGCUGCGUUGUUUUUACUGUAAAUUAUCAUCCCAGUUAUGAUCGCAGGUUCUCUACGAUCAACGAGUUAAUUCAAAAUUGAAGUCAUUAAGAGCAAUUGUCGCCAUGGUGACUGCCAGGACCUGACCUCUAGAUGGACGACAAGAUGACUCCCCUCGGCCAGAAGCCUCUUGUCCACCUCACCAUCAACUUCCGCCAGCUGUGUCUGGUCACCGUCUCGCUGCCAUUGUGUGCUCUUGUCUUCUGCUUCGUGACAGCCUACAUAUUCCAGCCAGAUGAGAUCCAUGAGACACAUUGUCGAGUGUACAACAUAAUACCGAGCAUCAGUGCCAUCACGGGCGUGAGUCCUCAGCGCUACUUGUGGCGGAUAUGUGUCGCGCUGCACAUCGGCCCACGACUACUGAUCGCCAGCAUCUACCACGCUUACUACAGAACUCGCAUGGAAGCGCAGCGGCUGCUCAGCGUUUGUUACUGGCUCAACAUCACAGAGAUCGCUUCACUGUGCGGCGUCACCUAUAUAUCUAAUAAGGAGAAUUAUCCUGUACACGAGAAGAUCUUCAUUGUGUUCAUGUUGUGCUCUCUGACACACAUGUUGGUGACGUUGAAAGUCAGCCAGUUGGCGCACCCAGACAUGUCGGAGAACCAACAGACGUCGUACCUUAUCAAGAAGGUUUUGUUUGUCACUUCUAUUCUCUCAACCGUAGGACUGCUUGUAUUUUUCGCAAAACACCGUUUGCUGUGUCAUGAUAUGGCAUUCAGCUGGUUCGCGCUGUGUGAGUACGUCAUAGCCUCCGCCAACAUGGCUUUCCACAUCACGGUGGUUCUCGACUUCCCCACCGAGGAGCUCGUAGUUGCCAAGGACUUCGGUUUAUACUUCACGUCCAGCCCUUCGCCCAAGCAUCGCCAAACCAACAAUGUGAAAGCCGACUAACGCUAUGUUCGUUGAUUUUGAGGUACUGCAUCAUGCGUGCAUCCAGGGUUCUCAAUAUUUGAGGUUAGGAUUAGGCAUAAGUUGAUAAUUUGUUAAUUAUCCGAAGAAGAACAAAAUCUGGAUGACACAGGGUUUUAAGGAUUUUUUUAGGACAUGAGUUAAGGCUGGUUAGCAGUUAAGUUGCUAACCUUAGAAAAAUCCCUAAAGCGUAAGCCCUUGUGGUCUUUGACAGAUCCAACCUUAAAGUAAAAUACAACAGUUAGAGAUAAUAAUUGGAGUCUAAAGCUUCGCUAUGUCAUCUCGAGGUUGUCCCCUGGCACUGCGGAGUGGGGGAAGCACAAUUUUUAUUUCAGCUGCUGUUUUUAAUACUUACAAAAUUAUAGCAUUCUAUUGGCUAAGGGAACACCAUUACCGCAACGAUACGGUAUGCAGCCAUCGGCCUCGGUGGUCUGAUGGAUAACGUGCCGGGCUGAGAAACUGAAGGUACCAGGUUCGAAUACUACCGGUAGCACUAACUUUUUGUCUAAGAUUUUUGCAUUAUCAGCAAGUUUGGUUAGGUUAUUACAGUUUAAUUUUAUAAUUAAGAAAUUAUAUAGGUAAUUAAAUUUGAGGCAUUUAUAAUUUUAUUUUUAUGAACAGAACUAUUUUUUCGAUUAGUAAACCUUCAUUCCAUUUUUAUUUUAUAUGUUUUUUAUAUAAUCAGCAAGUUUGGUUGGUUAGGUUAGUUUAUGACAGUUUAAUUUUAUAAUUACAAAUUAAAAAAAAAAUAAUUUAAAAAUUCUAAUAUUAAUUUUAUAAAUUUUUAUUUUUACUCUCAUUUUGUCCUUAUUGAAAAACUGCAGCAUAAGUUAUGUAUGUAAAACAACGCGGGCUGGUUUGGACGAUACCUAGAGGGGAGGUGGAGGGAGAAUCAUUUCCCCCACUCCGCAGCGCCAAGGGACAACAUCGCAAUGAUACAACGAAGGUCUAGACUCCAGUAGAGAUAAUAACGCACUGUUUUAUUGUUGGUUUUUUACAAGGCGAAUAAUAAGUCGAAGCAUUUUUGAGGAACCUCCUAACAAUUUUUCCCCAUUUCAUGGAAAAUAUAUGUAUUGUUAGUUUUUAAGAUAAAUGGCAACAACUUUUAUAUGUUGACUAAAAAUAAUACUCAAAAAAGAUACUCAGUUAUGCAUGUUGUUCUUAAAGGAUAUCUGGCUUUUAAUUUGUUUUAAAAUGAUAUGGGUUUUGUUUCUUCAAAUAGGCCUAUGACGUGUACUAGAACUUUUUCUUGGAAUACAAGAUUUAAGAAAAAAGGAAUUUUGAUUACCACAAAAUUAUUGGCAAUGAUUGAGUCAUACUUUUACAAUCACUCAAUAUUGCCUUUUAUUUUUUCUGUGAUAUUAGUAGCUAUUAUGAUUUGAUCUUUUUUUUUUUGUAUUAUUUAGUAUUAACAUACAAACAUGUUUAUUAUUUUUAUAACUUUUUGCUGGUUUAGUUAAUUUUUAUUUUUUGUUAUUUUUUAAAGAUCCAAUGAAAAGUAGCCUAAAAAUUUGAGAACCCUCGAUUCAAGGUAAACUUUUAGAAAAAAUGUUUAUUUAUUUGUUAUAUUAUUUUUGCCAAUGUUACCAAGGCAUAAUUUUUAUACAAUUGUUCGUAAAGUGUAAAAAAUUAAUCCACCAUAAGGCCUGUGGGCUAAUAUAAUUCAGUUUAAAAAGCUGAUGUAAGUUAUUCUAUAAAUAUCUCCAUUUUUACAGAGAAUGGAAUAAUUAUUUAUCUUUGACAGCCAAAAGUAUUAAAUGUGCAAUAUUUAUAUUUAAUUUAUUAAAAAUAUAUUUAUUCCUCUUUGUGGUGUCCUUUGGCCUGACAAUGGAUGUAAUCUCUAUUUGUUAAUAUUUCCUAAUUUAUCUGUAGUUUUAUCCGAAUUACUUAAUUAAAAUAAAUAAAUGUAUUUAUUGGUUAUACGUAGUAACCUACCUACAGUAGAGAGUUGAAAAUCUGAACGUCAAAAAUCCAAACUGCCCCUGAGAGUUUUAAAAUAUUGAAUUAGCACAGAGACAACAGAUGUUUUACAAUUUCAUGCGCCAAACAGUCGGCGCUCGGCAGGGAAACAAGUGAACAGGCCGAGCUAGUCUGUUUUUUGUUGUUUCCAAUGUACAUAUGUUUUCAAGAAACAAACUACAGUAAUGUAACGAAAAUAUCUUAGUACAAAAAUCAUUGUUUCAUUUCCAUUCUAGGUAAUCUGAACUACCUACGGUCCCAAUUGGUUCAGAUUUUUGACUCUCUACUGUAUAAGUUUCUUUAGUCAAAAAAAGUUAAACUCAUUAUUUUAGAUAGGAUGUGUUUAUUGAAAAACUAAAUAUUAUUAUAAGCCAGUGAUUGUUUUUGUAUUUAUUUUAAUUUUAUUUAUGUCGGACAGGAUUGAGAAUGGGCUUUAUUUAUUAUUUUUGUACCAACUCUUUUUUAGUUUGUAAAGUUGGCAUCUCGUUUUUAAAAAUUGUGCUUACAACUAAUAAAAAAAAUGUACUAAACUACCUUUGUGUGCUUGAGCGUUAAUUGUUUAACAAAUCUACAAUAUUCUGUCUUUAUACUCCGUAUAACCAAUAACUACCUUAGAUGUUCCUAGACAAUCUAUUUCUAGUCAUUUUACUAUUUGAUGUGUUUAUUAUUCUAUAUGUUGUGUAAUAUUUUAACUCCGUUUUAAGUUAUAGAAAUCUGAGCAAGUUUAUUUGAGAGAUGUGAUAUGAGUACCAAACAAUACAUAAUCAUUUAGAUUUAAAGAUGCUCAGUGCCUAUUUAAGAGAGCAAGUUAAUGGUUUAGCGUCACUACUUCCCCUCUAUCAGCUUCUAGACGCCUUCUAUUUAGGUCCCGCCUUUCUAGUCAGGCUUCAAGUUCCUCGAUGUUCGAUCGAUCGAUUCUACGGUUCCGCCUCAUACGUACUUACUCUAGUAGCGAUUAGUGGAACCUUAAAUACUCGGCUAUUGGCUUCUGAUGUAAAUACCUGUAUUUAAACUACGAGAUCGGAAAUAGUUAUUGAUUGUGGUUAUAAAGUGCCUGUUACUUUUCAUGUUUCGUGUUGUGGUCGUUUUGGAAAUCAGUUGCUAUUUUAUUUUGCUAGUUUAUCGUUUACGUUCCCAAUGAAUGUGGGUGGGGACUCAAAUUUAAGUUCACGAUUUAAUUACUUCAUAAUAUAUGCAUCCUUAAAAUACAACCUAAGCUAAAAUCAAUACAGCAGAACCCCGGUUAACCGAAUUCAGGUUAACCGAAAUGGUUCCAUAAAAUAAUACAGGUCUAAUAUUACUAACUAUGUAACUUCAGUCGUUCAGUUUAAAACAUUUUUUAACCCAUUGUAACAUUUUUGUGGCUGAAAUAAAACACUAUUAUAUAGACAUUGUUUUAAAUUCAUUUUUCCUACACACCGUGGUAAUACAUAGGCUAGGAGCAGAUGACGGGUUAACCGGAAAAUUGGUUAUUCGAAACGGCUCUUCCCCCUUUACGUUGGAUAACCGGGAUUCUACUGUAACUGAUAAAUUUAGCAUCUUUCUAAAUCUUAAAAUAAUAUUCGAAGCGGGAGAGAAAGUUCUGUAUAUUAAACUCUUCAGUAAAUGUGAUAAAACAAUUUUUUAAUAGUUUAAAAAUUUUUUUUAACAUUUUUACUGGUUAACAUAACAUAGCAACUGGUUUCCGUUAAAUGUGAAGUUUCAAAUAAAUAGCUCACAAUUCCAAUUUUGUAGAUUUAACUUUCAAAUGUUUUGUUGUUGUUUAUGUAGUUUUAAAUAAUUUCUAGGAAUACAAGCAAUAUUGUACUAACUGAUUGAUAGAUGUAGGUACCAUUAGCAUUAUAACCAUUUAGUAUUAAAACCUUACACGGAUUAUUUGCUCUCAGCUUUUUAAUUUGCAUGUACACUUUAGUUUACAGCCGAUUAAUUUGACAUAUCAUACAUAUUUUUGUGAAUAAACUGUUUUUUGUUAUACUCAAUAAUGAAGGUUACUAAAUGAUGCAGUCAAUUCAAAAACUAAUAUAGAUUUUACUCUCGUUUUUUAUCCUUCUAUUUUGUACCCAGUGCUGAUUAUCUUUUUUUUCCUUCUAUAAUUAUUUAAAAAAAAUAUUAUUUUCAAAUGGCUAUCAGAAGUGCUGGAUAUGAUGGUAUGGUAGUUUUGAUUUGAUAUCUUGCAGUUGAAUCAUAAUUUUUUUAGAUGUUUUGGUUUUUUUCUCUAAAUUAAAUUGUUUGGUUGUUGUAAAUUCAUUUGAUAAAUAUAAGACAUACAACUAGGUUGUAUUUUUAGCAAAAGCAAUGUGGGUGGUGUAUUUUUUUCAAUGGUAAGGAGCUCAGAUAGUUUACCAUAGAAAAUUUAGAGUCUGGGGUUUGUCACUAACAAAACUUCUUCCUGAAUAAGUUAUGUAACAGCCAUGACCUAACGCUAUAUGGCCUUUAGUGUAUCUAUAAGCCCUUGGAUUUGAAUUUUCUCAGGCACCUAUCUGAACUGAAUUGCAUUACAUAUACUCAUUGUUUGUAAUUUUUGUACCAGUUUCAAAUAAUUUUCUACCAAACAUGUUCAAUUUGUCUGUUUUUAUUUCAGCAUGGCUUUUAGGCAUUUUUCAGAGCACUUAGAGCCAAAUAACUUAAUAUUACAUGUUUAACAUAAUCAAAACAUAACAUUUAAAUUUUAGUGCUCUGAAAAAUUGUUUCUGCACUCGUUUUUACUUAGAUGUGCACAAGAUCAUUUGCUCAUGCAAAAUUAGGUAAGGAAUCGUGUCAGGCGGUUUGAUGUAUGUAGAUGAAUUUCGACCCCAUUGUAUAAAUCCUAACCUGUUUUUGAACUUUCACUAAUUAUCGUUUACAAAUAGCUACUUUUAGUCAGUUUAUUUGAUGUAAAACGUUAUAAUAUUCUAGAUUAAUAAGUCAACCUUUACUAGGCCUACUCAAUAUUAUCUACAUUAUUUUUAACCUGGAAAACAUUAACUCAUUAUUAUUUUAUUCUUAUAUGGUAAUAUGUUUAUGGUUUACUAUUGCAUGUUAUUUAUACGGCAAAAAAUCUCUAUAGAAUAUCAUUCUUGUACUUAAACUUAAUUCAAAUGUUUGUAUUCAAAUUUAAAUUCAUUUUCAAUUUAGAUGUAAUAAAUGUUUAAACGGAUUACAACUGGAGGGGAUCGAUGUACAAAAUAAAUUGUAAUCGUAGCACCCAAUAUGAGAUCUUCCUAGUUAUAAUAUUGGUUAUGCAAAGCCAGGUGAAGUCCGAACUUAAAAAAUGUUAUUCAGGUUUUUAGCCCCAAAAACCAGAACACCUGUUUUGUUUUUAAUUUCGGGCUUCACCCGAUUCCGCAAAACCUCUACAUAUAGUUAGAAGCUGUGUUACGUGCAUGUUUUGGCCAGCUGUGAUUUUGGACAUAGUUGUACAUGCAAAUUUUAAAUUUUGUAAACUAAAACAAUAAAGGUCUUAUACAAUACCAGAA